AUGACGGACAGCACCGUAAGCACGAGCAGCAAUGCCCAACCGCAAUUGCGAACGCGAGCCGAGUGCCUUGCAAAUGGGCUGGUCCCAACGACAGUAGACGAGGACUUCGAAUGCUCCAUAUCCCUCUGCAACCCCGAUGAGCCCGUGAAAAUACCUUGUGGGCAUAUCUUCGAUAAAGUCUGUAUCGUACAGAAUCUCAACCAGCGUCGGGUAAACAAAUGUCCACUGUGCAGGAAAGAACUGUUUGCUUUGCCUAUGGAUGAGUCCUUGCGUCCUAACGCCGGCAGACAGGCUCUAGUCGGGCAGGCCGUGCAGAGAGUCUUUGCUAAUGUGGACCAGGGAAGUUCAAUGUAUCGUGCUUUAGGUUUCGAUGAGCCGACAGAAUCCGGUCUGGCUCGCGGUAUUGCUAACGCUCGAGUGUACCUUGUGCAUACACCAGAUCCGGCAAAUGGGCAAGCGAUCGGUCCAGCUAUCGUUCGGUCUGACUACCUGGCACCGAGAAUCGUAGCGAUGGCUAAUCUGAUCCCAGCCCUGGCGGCCCUAAGUGGACGUGGAUACAGUUCUAUGCAGCUUGCUCGCUGGUCAAGCAUCAUCGAUAUUCUGCGAGAGGACAUCGACGACAGAGAAGGUGACAUGCUCGAUGCAAUCUUCUUACCACGUCAACUGCGCGCUGCUAUUCGACGAGAGUUGAAAGAGGCUAGAUUGGACUGGCGACAGGACCCCUUCGCAGCUGCUGAGGUCAUACGCUACUGGUGUAAAUUGCUAGAUGCUGCGCUGACAAUCGACGCGAGCAGGACUAUCGCCUGCGUGUCCAAGCAGAGUGGGAAGCUCGACAACGAGCUCUGUGGCGUCAAAGGCAUCCUCGUGCGGCACGCUUGA